AUGAAUAUAGUGGUACUGGAUCCGCGCGAUAUCGUUGCAUAUGCUCACCGUAUUGCAGGCACGACGUCAGCGCCGAAAGAGUGGCAACCUGGGUUCCCAAUGUUCGGAUUCAUGCCACCAGCACCACAAGAGCACAUGAUGCGUGCGGGUGUACUCAGUCGUGGUAUCGUCGCAGAAAUUGUAACUCAAGGUCCGGAGAAGUAUACGUCUACUGCAGCUAGAGUGAGCAAAGAAGGCGACGGUGAUGCCAUGGAGAAGCUCAAUAUCCCCAUUGGUUUGGGUGCGAGUGAUGCUCAGAUCCGCAAGCAGAUGCCGCCUGGAUGGAAGCCAGGCGACCCCGUGGAUCUGCCACUCGAUGCUCUGCUGCACUACAUGGGUCGGAGUUUCUUCACGGAACACGGUAUCACGCUGCCUGAGUCGUGGAAGACGGGCGACCCGCUCCCUCCGGACGCAAUGGAGAUAUUGCGCAAGAAGUUUAAACUGCCUGAGAAACGGGCAGCGCUGUACGACGACGAGGUGGUGGACGAUGUCGAGAGUUUGCGCAAGAAGCGCAAGCUCGAGGAGGGCGACAAGGCUGACGAGGGCACAGCAGAGAGUGACAGCUCCAGCGACUCGAGUGACAGCGACGAGGAGGCUCCGAACACGAUCUCGCUCAGUCUCUCGUCGUCAGAGGACGAAAGUGACGAUGAUAGCGACUAA